AUGAAAACCGUAAACUCUUCAAAAUCUCAACGAGUCCUUGAGUUUGUUCCGUCAAUUAGACCAUCGUUCCUUUCGUUGGUAUUAGUUUUAGUUUGCGGAUGUCUCUGGGUGAAAAAUGAAGGAACAAACGAACGACUGGUUUCACUGGAAUCUCGUAUUUACUGUGUUCCUUGCACUAAGCGUGGCACGAUUGAUAAUCUUGACAGGAUGAUUUUCUCACCGACAAAAGAUAUCGCAAUGGACCUUUCCAAGGAGAUGCAGACACAAGUUUCAGAUGAUGGGAACGGCUAUACCUCAGGUAAAAUUUAUUCUUACUCUUGUUACUUGGAUGGCCUUAUGUACUUUGAGGAUGUUUAGACGGCUUGCUUCUAUCCUCCCUCGGUUAAGACAUAAACUUUCAUGACGUGAGUUCGCGUUAACAACAUGAGAUCUUUUGCAAUUCCAAAAUAGUAUCAGAUUUUAACUUAGACUGUAUGAAACUGUUUUGUAAUGCUCCCUAGAUGUCAGUAAUUAUGCCACUGCCACUGAUAAAAAACCGAAGAGAUCUACAGCGUAAAUGAAGUUGAAUUUAUAAAUAAUGUGUCUACAAGAGCAGAGCAAGAUUCCUUCACGCGCCAGAUAGUCGAUAUCAUUACGAGGGGGACACUGGGUGUACCCAAUACCGCUAUACCGUAACAAAAAUUGGCAAAUACCGAAAUACCGUGUUGAAAAUCGACGAAAUACCGAUACUGCAAUUAUGAUCGUUCACGCUUAAUUAAAGUUGUAACAAUCUCAUGUUCUGUUUAUCGUAAGCAUGUAUGCACCAUCAAUCAACCUCAGCCAUUGCGCAAAAACGUGAGAAGACCUCAAAUUGAUCGGUACAACCAUCUAAAAAGCUCGGUCAUUAGAUGAUUUUGGAUUCCCUACCAGUUUUUUCUUUUUUUAAUAUUGACCUGCUUUAGACAGAAGAGCGAAAAUGAACAGUACCGCAAUACCAUGAAGGAUCUUCUUUUACCGAAUACCAUUACCCAAAAGGAUGAAAAGCCGCAUACCGCAGGGCUAGUUGAUACCGCAAUUUACCGCACAUUGAAAUCAAAAUCACCGAAAUACCGCUUGAAAAAAAGCUCAAUACCGCAAUACAGUAAACCCCCAUGUCCCCCUCCAUUACUAUACAGCUUUUCAACAAGAUUGUCUUUUUAGGAUUUUUAGCUAGACGACAUUAGAUGAGGUUCCUUAAACAUUUCUUUAAGUGGGGGCUGCAUGUGCUUCUGGUUUGAGGUUACUUGAGGUCUCGGAAUUGAAAGGGUAUUGCGUGACCAAUUUCAAGUAAUAAUGACCCAAUUCUUGGCAAUUCAUUUUUAGAUUUAUCUGUUUGCUUUAGAUUGAACUAUUUUCGUUUAGCUCUUUCUGGAUAAAUUUUCGAAUAGUAUAGACAUUAUAGAUCAGUAUAGACAAAAGGCGUGUAUUAAGAGAUUAUUCAUGGAGAUAUUUCCGUUUCUUUCAAAGGAGUUCAGUCUAAUUUGAAAAAAUGUGGGCCGUAUCAUUCUUUCGUUCCUUCUCGGUCUUGCUCAUUUUUAACUCGUGGGUACGCGCGAGCGUACUGUCACGAGUUAUUGAAGGGACAGGGAUAUGUAAAUGAGUCACUCGCUCACUCGUAGUAGACGCACUUCGUAAUUAAUCGGGUCCGAACUCAAAAGCGCGAAGAUCUAUCGUUUCCAAAGAAGCACGCGCUCGCCGAAGUUCGGUGGCAUCAGAUUCGUCGCUGAGAGCGUGCAUCGUGCGCUACCGCACGGUUAGAUGACAGUUAAGACACGCAAGAAUCUUUCAGAUUAGUACGAUUCAAGAGCCUUUGACUCGCCCAGGCGUUACAUUUGACGAGAAGAUGAGCAUUUGCUCUUCGACUCCUUCAACUUCGACGCUGGCUUUAUCUCCUACCUUGUAGUAAUGUAGUAGGUUAUGUGUAUGAAUGAAUGUAUGGUAAAUAAAGGCACUUCUUCUUUUUCUUCUUAAGGACUCCCCAAGAUCACAUGGGGAAAUGAAUGUGAUUUUAAGCAUUAGCUUUAAAAUGACGGCGGAAAUCGAGAUAAGAAAACAUCAGCUUAUGUUUUGUGUCCUCCUUCGCGGAGGAGUUGUGUCGGCUUUGGAUCGCAUAUGUUGUUUCAUUGCUUUGAAUUGCCAUGAAAUGAGUUUACAUUGUUUUUUACUGUCAAUAGCCUGGUUUCAAUUAGCCUUAAUUUCAUCCGAUUGCUUGGAGUCUUUUUUUCAAUUGGUUGAGUAUGGCUCGAUCGUUUGCCGGCGGAAGUUCCAUGGAAAAGGUAUUAAACUUGAGACUUUUCACCUAAUUAUGUGAUCAUCCUCAAUGGCGUAGUGGCUACGUGAUGUCUGGUCAACCCGAAGGUACCGGGUUCCAAUUCUGCUAAGGACCUUCUUUUUUCCUUUUUUGUUUUGUUUUGUUUGCUUAUUUGUUUUGCUGUUUUUUUUUUUGUUUUUUUUUGUUUUUUUUGUUUUUAAAUAUAUACCUAAAUAACUGUUAACAAAGUGCAACAAACAGCAAGAAAAGUAUUGUGUUUGCAGAUGAAUUUCUAUCAUUUCCUAAAAUUUACUGUGAGAAAACCAGAGGUGAUAACUAAUUGAUUAUUUUCUAAACAACGUACCCACGAGCUGACGACAGUCUUUCUUUGAUUACAAUUUAUCAGUGGAUAAUUAACAGGUAUUAUCUAAUUUUACUUUACCGCAGUCAGCCCGUUGCCAAUAAAGGCAUCAGCAACCAUCCGGGUAAGAAAGCGAAGAAACGUUUUGAACGAUACUUCAACUGGCAUCACCAUACAAGAAGUGAGAAAAGAAAUCAGCAAACAGUUUGAACAACUUAUGCCCACCAAGUACUGUAAGUCAAGUGAGAAGGUAUGCCCUGCCGGUCCCCCCGGAUAUCCUGGUCCCAUUGGAGCGAGGGGACCACGUGGCAGGAGGGGACCAAAGGGAAAGAAAGGUCCUCAAGGUCCCAUGGGACCACCUGGAAAAUCCGGAAAAACAGGAAUAACUGGUCCUGCAGGACCGAGAGGAGAAAAGGGAGACAAAGGAGACCCUGGGCCAAAAGGCAUUCCGGGGCCACCUGGAAGGCCUGGGAAAUCGAUAUCUGCUCCACAAGUGAUUUUAUCACCGGCAGAGCAGACACGAGACGAGGGAGGAAAUACGGCAUUUUAUUGCACGGUCGCCGGAAAUCCUUCCCCAGUCGUGGAAUGGCAAUUUAAAGGCAGAAAACUUCAGCCAAGUGCAAAGUAUUUGAUUAAGGAAGGAGAAUUGAUCGUUAGAAAUCUGAAUUACAGCGAUGCUGGACCGUACACAUGUGCUACCAGAAACAUUCUUGGAUCGUCCGAGGCAACUGGUAACUUGUCUGUUCGAGGUGAGAGAGAAAUUUUUCAUUUUUUUAGUUUGUUAUGGCAGGCCGUUAAAUUCUGUUUGUCAUGUCAGUAUUGUUGGUUUUCAAAUGACGUCACUAAAAUUCAAACUAAAAAACUAUCGAUCCUACGGAGAUUUUACUUUCACGAUAAAUUAGAGCGGCUGAAAACUAAUUUUCGUACAAAUUUUCGCCUCAGAAGGGUUCUUGGUUUUGUGAUAGAGUAAGCUUGAAUUUCUAAGCUUUUGUGUGACGCGGCAUUUACAUGACGGCCAAGAGAGCUGUCAUGUUGGUUAAAAAAAUGACUUAUUUCAGGAAAUUUUGCUAUCUAAACAGUUCAUGUAUUAGAAAAAGUAUUACUUUAAUGUUUAUGAGUUUCUCGAAGAAUAAAUUCACGCUUUUGUAGCAAAACUCGGUAACAGAUGUUUCUUUUGGCUUCGGUCCGCCAUGUUGGAGCUCAUCCGGAUGAGCACGAGCAUGGCGUCUCCAUACAAAUCUCUAUAAGUUUGGGUAAAGCAUUUCUUCCGAUAUCUCGUAUACGAAAUAUUCCUCUGACCUGAAUCUUGGCGAGGGUCUUUGUAUAUGUACCUCCUUUCAUUCCCAAGAUUCUGGAGUUUAUCUAUUGAACGGUUUUGAUGUUUAUUUUGAUCUAUUUUGGAUGGCGUGACACUGAAAACCAGCAAUAUGUUACAUGUCCUCUCAAGGUAAGGUCGCGAGAAUUGAACACUACCUUUAAAAACAUCUAAGGAAUCCUGUAAGAUGUAAAGGCAUAGAGCACCAUCCUCAAUCAAUCAAUCAAUCAAUCAAUAACUUUAUUAACCUGUCAUCGCUUCUAGCGCAACACAAGUGGUGAACUAAUCGGGCACACUCCCCUUGUCUUCUUACCUUAGAGUUAAUUGAGCCACUCCUGGUGCCUCACUGAAGAAACACCGUAAAAUGCAAAGGUCGAUUCGUGACCCUUUCACACUUUUUGUAGCCAUGACUUCAAAUUCUAAAAAAAGACACUAACAGAGUGCUAACGAAUUAUUUAAAUUUGUUUCUUCUCUCGUUUCUUUUCUGUUAUACAGAUGCACAUCUUGUACAAAGUUUCCCGAAAAAGAAAAGAUUUUAUGUAUUGUCAUCUUUCUCAGUUGCAAUCCUUUAGACUAUAUGAGGGCUUCAUAGUAUAAACCAGAUAAUUGUUUUUCAGGUCUUCCAAUCUUCACAAAAGUUCUACCUUUACUUGCCACACCAGUACAAGGCACAACCUUUCAAGUAACCUGUCAAGCUGAAGGCCAUCCUCGUCCUGCACUAAACUGGAUUCGAGCGGUGCUACCUUUUCCUGCCGGCAGGACUGAAGUAAACAAGGGUACUUUAACCAUUAAGAACCUGAUACCGGCUGACAACGGUUUGUACGAAUGUGUGGCAACAAACAUCAUUGGAACGAAGAAGGCCAGGAUCAAUGUGGCAGUACAACGCAGCUCAGCUGCAGGUUUGUAUUAUGCGGCAAGGCAGGGGCGGAUCCAGGAUUUUUCUAAGGUGGGGUUGCACCACUUAGGAAUCGCGUAACUGACUGGUGACGUAAACCAGGAGCCUAUUACAAGGCUUUUUCGGUGCCAAACUACUUGAACACCAAUAAACCACAUUAUUUAUUAUUAUUAUUAUUAUUAUUAUUAUUAUUAUUAUUAUUAUUAUCAUUUUUGUUAUUUAUUUUUAGUUUUUGCAGAAUACUAGUUGUAUUAUAUGCGCACCCCCUGCUCCCUCCCCCUAGAUCCGCCCAUGCAAGGUCUGCACAGACAUAAAUGGAACAUUUAGUGAUAUGUAACAUAAUCCUUAAUGGAGACCAUGGUUACAGAGUAUAGAUACUGAAGGACCAUUUAGGUUCGUUUAUCCAGUUCAAGACAUUGUGUAUGCUAGGACAUUGUCACAACAUCACUCAGACUUCUUAAGUUAAAUUUGUAUAGGACUGACAGUGAUGGUUCCUCAUAUUAUUAUAAAAGAGUGUCAUUGUUAUAGGUUGACCUGUGAGUAGCAGGUUCUUAAAGGGAAAAGGAGAGGGGAGCCUUCCCUAGAGUUUAAAUUUGAAAUACUGAAAAUUUCCUAGCCAGAAAAUAAGGUGGCACUUGAUACCCAGUCUCUUGUCACUUGGAUGCUGUUACACCUGGCAAGGAAAUGAGCUGUUAAGGAAUUUUUAAAAAGUUCUAGUCAUAUUCUUGGCCAUAACAGCGUUCUUUUGCCAAAUAGAAAAAGUAGAUUUUUUCCUCCCAGGUUUGCACGACUCCGUUAUUGUGGGAAGUAACAAUAAUUACUUAACCUCGUUCAACAACUGGCUGGCACCUGUGACAAAAAGCGUCAAUUCUGUCUGGAAACGCUGUUGGUGUGCAUCCGUGGACGGCUGGGCUGCAAGUACAUUUCACUCCCAAUGUGACGGCAAGGGCCCGACUGUGACAAUAAUAAGGGUCGGGAGAUACAUUUUUGGAGGAUACACCAGUAAAUCUUGGGGUAAGUGCGCGUUAUAAGGGACGGUUACCUUACCUUUGCAGUUACUUGCAUGGAUAUGUUCGGCUAGAAGUGCAGCUUGAUAGCCUGGUACUGAGCAACGUGGAUUCAGUUUGACCUUGCAAGGUUAAAUAGCAGCCUAUAAAGUAUUCAGGUUAGCGGAUCUAGAUUCGGAGGCGCCCCCCCGCCCCUCAAAACCGAGGACCCCCCCCCUCCUAGACUUACAAGGAAUGAGCAAAUGUGGCAAAAAACAACAACAACAGAUCAUGAUUUUCCAGAUUUGCUCCAUACAAGUUACGAAAGGAAAUAUCUAAUUACUUGACGUUUCAUUUAUUAUUGUUUUAAUUUUUUUUUGUUCGAAUCUAGUUGCUUUGUAAUUGCAAAUCUUUGCUUUUAGACAGCUCCCAUUGACGGAAACCUUUGCUCCCGUAAGCGCACAGUCUCUUAGGUUUCAGGACCCCGAAUGUUAAUCUCCCGUUCAAAAAUUGGCUGCUUGUUGGAGGUUUUAUUGUAAGCAACAAAAUAAGACACUGCGUGAUAAACACAAAGUAUACACAUUCUCAUGGUUAUUUUAUCAAUAAUUUAUAAAGCACUUAGUAUCUGUAAAUUUUUUUUCCACUAAUUGUAUAUUACUAGGCGACCCAGUGAUUUACAUUUUUUCGUUUUAAUUGGAUGUGUUUGGAGUUAUUCUUGUCGAGGGUAUAGAUGUAAGCAGGGUAAUAUGAUUGAUCAUGAGUGGAUUUCAAUUCAGGUGGUAAUCGGCCGUGUAUUUCAAAUUGGCCGAACGCGUAUGUUUUGUUUAUUUAUAUUGUUAAUGCACGGAUAUAUGUUGAGAAAAGAACUAAAAAAAGGCCUGAGUUCCAGAUAGGAAUUAAACUCUCGACACACUUCAUGGGUUAUUAUUAUUUUUUUUUUGAUGUGUCUUGUAUUCAUUUUGCCUGCGUCGCAGACGCUCUAAUUUACCUUCUGUAUCAGAAAAAAUACUCCAAAUGGCACUUUUAUUCCAUCUCUAUUUUCUUGUAGGUUCUGGCUCUUGGUAUCGGUACGACUCAAACGCCUUUUUAUUCUCACUUGUAAACAAGCCAGGAUGGGCACCCGUCAAGCUGCCUCAGACAGAAGGGAAAUAUAGCUCCAGAAGGCAAUAUUCCAUAUACAAUAACCCAUCAUAUGGGCCUGUAUUCGGAGGAGGACAUGACAUUUACAUAUCAAACUACGCGUCAUCCAAUCGCAAUUCAUAUAGCGAGCUUGGCCAUACUUACAGCCUACCGAGCGGAUACAGCUACACAAGCACCUUCGCACGAACAUUCCUGGCAGGAACAUACCAGUUCACACCAGGGGAAAUAGAAACGUUUUACAAAACAACUUAA